GCGUUUAAGAAGGGCCUGCCAUGCAAACUUCACACAGAUAUUUUUUUCAGCAGACAUGCGAAUACUUUAGCACGUAUAUCUGAGUGACACCAUUGCUGUUAAAAUCUGUUGAACAAAAUGAAAACAACCAAGUUAGAAAAAUCAGUUAAGUUAAUUGGCAUAUCACAGAUGGUCAUCGGUUUUUUGACAAUUUCUUUUGGUGUUGUUAUUAUAACCCUUCUUAAUCAAAAGUACUUCAUUAACAACAACGCUGUUCCUAUCUGGUGUGGUGUAAUUUUGAUUUGCACUGGUGUUUUGGGAGUUUGUUCUGCUGCAUUUAGUGACAAAAAGUGCUUAAUCAAGUCCUACAUUGGAGCUAAUGUUUUUUCUGUUCUCCUGAUGCUACUGGAAUUCUGUGCUUCAUUGGCUGGCAUUGUCUAUUAUGAAGCAUGCCCGGCUGAAAUGAAACGCCAAAUGUAUUCCCCAUACAAUCCUGAACCAACCUAUCCGCCUUGUUACCGCGCAGUGGUGGGCAGAGGUAUGUUUAGUAUCACCCUCUCCCUAGCUGUAGUUGGUAGUGCGGUCACUGCUACCGGAUUAGUAAAGUGUUGGAAGCUGUUAAAAAGCCGAAAGAACAAAAAAGGCGAGUCAGAAAUAAAUGUGGGAGAUAACGAAAUGACAGACUUACAUUACGAAUUGGCAGAUGGAAAUCAGAUUGUAACCAUGAAUGAUGGAAAAAAGUAUAAGUUGAUACCAUACUCUAUGGAAGAUGAACACACAAUCUCUGAGAUGAAGUUGAGAAGUUCACCCCAUUGUUACGCAGAUAUAAAUACUGAACAGUAAUAACAUUCUUCUCUGACUUUUUUGUGCCUAAAAAUGCACUCAAGUCGUCAAAACACUUUGCAUGCAACAGAGAAAUUUUAAUAUGUUUUUUUUCCAUUGCAUGUAACAGAGAAAUUUUAUUAUGUUUUUUUUCCAUUGCAUGUUUGUUAUCUAAAUAGAGUUUUAGUCAGUCAACAUACUUAUAUGCCGUCUAAAGAAAGUAUUUUUUUUUUUAAAUAUACAUUUUAUUUUAUGAUUUAGAUUGAAACACAAUAAGCUAUUUAAGUAAGUUUAUGUUAUGUAUAUACUGCCAGUCCUCUUUCCCUCUUUUUAUGCUGUACUGGCAUAAACAGGGAAGUUGUGCACACCUUAAUUUGUAAAGUGCAAUAACAAUAAUAGAAGUUGUUGUAUUAA